UCGUGCCUCGUGCUUAUCGUUGCAUACAACCAUUUUGUGAGCGUACCGGUAGGAAACUGUUGGACGGUUUCUUGUUUCAGAAGUUAAAAUGAACGGAAUUAUAAGGAAUACGUUACGAUCAUCAGUGAUCAGAAAUUUCUUUUCGUCAACUUCAAGCAUAGGAACAAAUAAUCAAUUAAGAACAUUAUGGAAUGCUUGUUCUCGACAAAACCAAGCUAUACCUCUUGCUUCGACGAAAUCGUUUGAACACCGAAAUACUCGUUGUAAUUACGAUUGUUGCAGAGGUGCCCAUACCAAAGCUGAGAAGGAACUGGUAGAGUUUUUAGCAGAAGAAAUUAUCGCGGAAAAGAAAGCUCAAAAAUUGAAAACUAUUCCCACCGAAUUAGAUGGAUUUAAGGUGUCCCUUAAUGGAUCACAAGUUACUUUGGAGAAAAAACAAGAGAAUGAAACAGUUAAAAUUUCAUUCGAUAUAAAUCAUUCAGUUAGUUCUGAAACUCAACCUGAUCUUGAAAUGACAAGUGAUAAUCCAGACCUUGGUGAUAUAAAAAGUAAACCAGACUUCACAGUGAAUGUAGUAAGAGGAAAUCAAACUCUUAAAUUCACUUGUAGUUUUAAUAGUGAACCAGGUGCAUCAGGUGCUAAUGAGAAUUACAAUGACAUUUUCAGUAUUGAUGAAAUUAGUCUGUACACAGGAGAGUGUACUGAUAAUGUGUACAUUGCAGAGGGUGCAAUCAUUGAUGGUUACCUUUAUGAUCUGCUUAUGAAUUAUCUCGAAGAGAAAGGUGUUUCAAACGAACUUGCCGAGAAAUUAGUCGAGCUUAGUACGAGUUACGAACAUACCGCGUAUGUUAGUUUACUGGAAGGCUUAUCAAAUUUCACAUCCAAAAAUUAGUUACCUGUUAAUUUUAAUUCCGAUUGUAUAUUUUUAAUUAUUUAGGUAUAACAUGUAAGAAUAUCUUUAUAAUAAAUGUAUGUAAUAAUUAAUUGUAUGCAUUUUGCUGAGCAGCUCUAUUCAAAAUAAAUACAACUUAUUACAUCCCUA